AUGCCGCCUGCCGGGAACGAACCUACCCUUGGCGCAAUCGUCGAAAUUCCUGCUGGACGGGGUGUUGUCAGAUUCGCUGGCGCCACUUCAUUCUCUGCAGGCAAAUGGAUAGGGAUUGAGCUGGCCGAGCCGAAUGGCAAGAACGACGGAACAGUUCAGGGUAUCAAGUACUUUACCUGCAAGCCAAACUAUGGUGUUUUCGUUCGCCCGAGCCAGGUGAAGGUCAUAGCGGCUGCCCCAGAGCCAUCACAAGCAGUGACGGUCGGACAUCAACGGACGGGCAGUUUGUCGCGCACACCUUCGUCUCGGUCUAUCCCCUCGCCUCGAGCCGCCAGUCCUGCCAAACCCUCCUCGUCCGCACUCGGAAAUGGCAGCGCCCUCCUCUCCCCUGGAGGCCGCACAGCAGCAGCAGCGCGUCUCGGUUCUCCCACCAAGCCUCGUCCGUCUCUUACGCUACAAUCCCGUCCAUCUCUAGGCCGUCUGGGAUCUCUUCAGCCAGACGUUGCAAGUCCUACCAGGAGUGCCCGUCUACCUGAGUCUCCUGUUCUUGAGCCCGCUCCGAGGAUCUUCCCAAAGAGCCAUGGCUCCCCCGGACAAGCCUCCCCACAACCUCCGCAACCGUCCUCACUACGACGCGUCUCCUCUCCUGCACACGAAGACCCAGAACCCGAGCCUCUUGAGCCUCCAGAACCACUUGCUCCCAAACUACCCUCACGCCCCACCACUCCCGUCCGAGUGGUUGACGACACCGAGCUGCAAGAGCUCCGGGCGAAAGUCCGGGUGCUCGAAGCGAAACGCGCCGACGAUGCGCGCCAUGUGCGCGAGCUCGAGACGCGCCUGUCUGAGGCCGAGUCGUUCGUCGCGCUGCGUCCCAAGCUCCAGGCGAAGCUGAAUCAGCAACAGACGGAGCUGAUUGCGACGAAGCGCGAGCUCGCGGACGCGCAGCAGCUCGCGCAGCUCGCGGAAAGCCGGAUCUUGGACACGCAGGAGCAGCUGGAGAUGUCGAUGUUGGAUAAGGAGAUGGCGGAGGAGCGAGCGGAGGUGGCAGAGGCGGAUCUGGAGGAGCUGAGGGAGAAGUUGGCUAUUCUCGAGGUUGAGCUGCAGCAUUUGCGCGAGGGCAGAGAUGGCGAGGAGGGCGGCGGGGAGAGCAACGUCAAGCAGUCUCUGGCGUAUAUUCAGCUUGAGAAGCAGAACGAACGUCUAAAGGAGGCGUUGGUCAGGCUCCGGGAUCUCACCCAAGAAACGGAGCUCGAGCAGCGCAGGCGGAUCGCUGAGAUGGAGAAGGACGUCACGAAUCUUGACGAGAUCCAAACGCAAUACGAGGCCACGCUCGGCAAGCUUGCCAACGCUGAAGUUCAGAUUGAGGACCUGAAGGCACAGUUGGAUGACGCUCUCGGUGCUGAAGAUCUCCUCGUCCAACUCACGGAGCGUAAUCUGAUGCUCGGGGAGAAAAUCGAGGAGAUGCGUAUCACGAUCGAGGAUCUAGAGGCGCUCAAGGAACUCAACGAUGAACUCGAGGAAAACCAUAUGGAGACCGAGAAGGCCUUGCAGGAAGAGAUCGACGCAAAGGACGUGCAGAUCCAUGAGCAAUCUCGCAAGAUCCAAGGCCUUGAAGAAGCAUGCCAGGAUCUCGAGGGCACGAUCGUCCAAUUCCGAGAACUCGUUCUGUCGCUGCAGACCGAGCUGGACACGUUGCGUGCGGAGACUCAGACGGCGCAGCACGAGUCUGCGACCGCUGCCUCCCAGACUGCCGCGAUGAUGUCUCUCAAUCUAAAGCUUCAAUCCUCGGCCUCCAAGAAUCAAGCCCGCCACAUCGACCUCGAGGUCAAGAAGAUUGAGGCUCGCGAAGCUCGGGAACUCCUGAAUAUUGUCCAGCCUUACUUGCCACAGAUCUACGUCGAAUCAGACAUGGAUGCUACGAACUGUUACAUGUUCUUCCAGCGCUUGGCCGCUAAGGUCGACCUGAUCAACGCAGUUGUUGCCCAAACGCACAACCUCCCUGAAGCUCUGAACGGCCCGGUCUCAGAUGUUCUUGUCGGUAUUUGUGAGAUGCGCGGACGUCUGUCCAGUCUGUCGACGACAUGCAAACGGUUCGCCGCCAUCCUCCGGAAAUGCGAUGUUGAGACGUUUCUCAACGUCGGCCGCAUGUAUCCCGACCUCGCACCCAUGGAGAAGCGGAUCGACAUGCACGUCGACCUCCUCCGCCGCGAGGAGUUCCGUGAGCUCGAGUGUGUCAGCGACGCGGUCAAGAUGCAGUCGCAGUUUGACCACCUGUCCGAGACGUACUUCAGCAACUUCGAGUAUGACCUUGGAGAGCGCGAGCUGGGAUAUGCUCUGGCGUUUGACCACGACCUGGAGAUGUUCGCCGCGUCCGUUGGUCUCAUCAAGACCUCCGUUGCUGCCAUUCUCAAGGAUAACGACGUUGCCCUUGACUUUGGAGGCAUGGACGCGCAGGCUGAAUUCUUCGAGCCCCUACAGAAGGCCCUUGACCAGUGCAGAAGCGCCAAGGUCCUCUCGAAGAAGCUCAUCAAGCGGGUGGAGGACCUCACACAAGAUUCUAUGGCCCUCAAGGCGCACCUGGUGCCUCAGCUCCAGAACCUCAACAACACGGUCCCUGAGCUUGUCAACUUCGGUAUUUCCUUGGCUCAACUCGUCAUGCCACAUAUCAGCGACGUCCGUGCCGUGAAGUCCGCGUUCCAGCUCUCAACUGUAGUCUCCUACGUCAAGCAAAGCGCUGCUUCUACCGUUGGCAAGGCGGGCAACGAGGAAUCAGCCUCGUGGGACUCCGUCUGCGAGUUCCUCGCCCAAGUCAUCCAGGAGGCUAACAGGAUCGUUCCGAUGUCUCUGGAGGCGGAGAAUACUUUGAAGAUCACUGGGACUGCGCCAUGGAUCCUCCGCAUCGACGACAUCAAAGCGGCCACAGCGGUCAACGUCGAGGCCGAGCGCAAGGUCGCGCAGCUCAACGACGAGAUGCAGGCGCUUGCGCGGACGAUUAGGAUGAAGGACCAGCAAAUCCAAGAGACUGGUGUCAAGAUCGAGCUCAUGGAACGCCGCAUGGAGACGGUUAAGAAGCAGGCGGACACGAUCACAGACCUCGAGAACGAGCUCGCGAAGGCGCGGAAGCAAGAGCGCGCGUACGAGGAGGCGAUGGAACAGCUCCAGGCGGACCUCGACGCGCUUGAGCAGGACAAUGCGAAGCUCAAAGCACUUGCGAACAAUCCUGAGCGCCAAGCAUCGACUACGACGCAGGUCGUGGAGGCAGAGACCGUCCCAACGGAGGGCAAUUUUGAGACGUCGUAUCUGCUCGAGCAGAUCGAUUCUCUCCGUGGCACCGUUCGGUUCUUGCGUCAAGAGAACUUCUUCCUCAAAGGUCAAGACCUUCUCAAGGAGAUCGAGACCUUACCCGAGCUCCCUGCACCCAUACCUCGCGAGCCAACACCCGAGCUCGUUCCCUCAACACUCUCAGACUCAGACUCGGAUUCCGAUGACGAGCCUCGGCAACCGCCCACACUCCGCUCGCUCGCUGUGGAGUCUAAACUCUUAUACCGCGAGGUCAUCAAGUACACAUCUUCGCCGCGCCUCGUCGACCUCUCCGUGCUCAAGGCAAACCGUGUCAACGGGCAGCCUACGACGAAGGCGUGGCUACCGCGGAAGAAGACGCCAGCAUACCAGCUGUUCGAGCGGAAGAUGCAGGGCGAGCGGUUAGGUAAGCGGCUGAAGGGCCUGCUGGAGCUGACGAACCAUAUCGCGGAUGCGGAUUGA